GGUGUCCAAUCUUUAGAUACCUUUUCUUUCAAGCCAUUAAACCAGGUUGUGACCCAGUGGAAUCAAUGGGGACAUUAAAGCGACUACAGAAACUGGUAUGGACCAAGAAAGGCAGGAUGCCUAGUCAAGAUGAGGUGAAACCGGCAUUAAUAAAUCUCAAAGAUGAAGAUGACACAUUGAUUUCCUUUAUGAAGUUAACUGAAUCCCAAGAAAUGAAAGCUUAUAAUGUUAAUAUAAGGAGGAAGGAGGAAAUGGAGAUUAGAUUGGAACCUCUUUCUUCAUCUGUGGGUAGAUCCAGCACUUCCAGUGGAAAGAACUUGGAAGAUAUGUUACCUCAUUAUGAGGGUGAAGGGCCAAUGUGGAACAGCUGGAACUGUCCAGAAAAUCCUCCAAGGACAUAUAUUGAUUUCCAAAUUGCCAAAGGUGGACCCUGGGGAAACCGCUUCUCCACUACUCACCAAGCAGAUCUCAAAGCUUCUUACACAGAUACGGAUCUCUUACAUUUGUGGCGCAGCAGCAGUUUUGGGCAUUUUGAUCAUUUUCGGAAUAACUCCACUUCAAAACCAGAUGAUUCAACUGAGGUACAUGAAAGAAAACCCAUAAAUGAUAAUGAAGAACAAAACAAAACUUCAACUAAUGGAGGAGCUCUGAGUAAGAAAAUGAGAGCUAUUUCAUGGACAAUGAAGAAGAAAGUGGGGAAAAAGUACAUCAAAGCCCUUUCUGAGGAAAAGGAUGGCGGUGAUGGAAAGGAUGCUCUGCCGUGUCGGAACAGUGACCCCAUGAUGGGGACCCACACAGAGAAGGUCUUGCUUAAAGCCAGUGACUCCCUGGAUAGUCUCUACAGUGGGCAGAGCUCAUCAAGUGGAAUAACAAGUUGUUCAGAUGGCACUAGUAACCGAGACAGCUUUCGCCUGGAUGAUGACAGCCCCUACUCAGGACCAUUCUGUGGCCGUGCCAGAGUACACACAGAUUUCACGCCAAGUCCCUAUGACACUGACUCCCUCAAAAUCAAAAAAGGAGACAUCAUAGACAUCAUCUGCAAAACACCAAUGGGGAUAUGGACAGGAAUGUUGAACAAUAAAGUAGGAAACUUCAAGUUUAUUUAUGUGGAUGUCAUCUCAGAAGAGGAAGCAGCCCCUAAAAAAAUAAAGACGCACAGAAGGAGUAAAAGAGAAAAACCUACGACUCUUCAAACAUUCUUAGAGAAUAUUCACCUUCAGGAAUACACCUCAACACUUUUGCUUAAUGGAUAUGAGACCCUAGAAGAUUUAAAGGAUAUAAAAGAGAGUCAUCUCAUUGAAUUAAACAUUGCAAACCCAGAAGACAGAAUGAGGUUACUAUCAGCUGCUGAAAGCCUCCUUGAUGACGAAACUAUUGAAGAAGAAGAAAAUGAAUCUGUGCCCCUUUCCUUAAGCCCAGACAUAUCCUUAAAUAAGUCACAGUUAGAUAACUGCCCAAGGGACUCUGGUUGUUAUAUCUCAUCAGAAAAUUCAGAUAAUGGCAAAGAAGAUCUGGAGUCAGAAAAUCUGCCUGACAUGGUACAGAAGAUUACUAUCACAGAGUCAAGUGACUGAAUGCACAUUCUCAACUAUAUAUCUACAGCCGUAUUCCACUUUAACUCUUCUUAUGCUUCACGAUCAACUGGAAGAGGCAGAAAGAUAUUUGUAAAUAUAACUCAAAGUU